AUGGCGAGUUACCUGUACACCGCCUACCACCCCUACUCCUACCGCUACCCGCCGCCCAAGGGCAAAGGGGGAGCGGCGGGCGGCUGGCGGCCCCGGGGCAGCGGCUACUUCUCGGGUUACGGGGACGCGGCGGCGGCCGCCGAGUACUUCGACAACUACCAGCGGGCGCAGCUGAAGGCCAUUCUGUCCCAGGUCAACCCCAACCUGACGCCGCGACUCCGCAAGGCCAACACCAAGGAGGUGGGCGUGCAGGUGACCCCCCGGCAGGACGCCUCGGUGCAGUGCUCGCUCGGGCCCCGCACGCUGAUGCGCCGCCGCCCCGGCCCCGCCGCGCCGCGGCCCCGCGAGGCGGAGCAGGAGCUGGGCAGCCCCGCCACCACCAGCACCCGCGCCGUGCGCUUCCCCCGCACCAUCGCCGUCUACUCGCCCAUGGCGUCCCGCAGACUCACCGCCUUCCUGGAGGAGCCGAGCGCGGAGCCGGAGCAGCGGCCGCAGCAGCAGGACAAGGCGGCGGCGGCGGCCGUCGAGGAGGAGCCGGCCGCGCUGAGAGAACAGUGGGAGGCGGAGGAGGCCGCCGUGCGGGCAAGCUGGGAGAAGCCCACCGAGGGUGGUGCCGAGCCCCUGGGGCAGCGCCCGGCCGAGCCCCUGGAGCAGCGCCCGGCCACCACCCCGGAGCCGCCAGCGGCGACGGAGACGGGCCAGGAGGAGGAGGUGGAGGUGGCGGUGGCAGAGGCAGCGCGGGCAGAGCCGGCAGACCCGCCGGCCGCACCCCAGAAGCGGGAGCCGUCGGCGGGCAAGACCCGCCUGCGCUUCCAGUUUCUGGAGCAGAAGUACGGGUACUACCACUGCAAGGCCUGCAACAUCCGCUGGGAGAGCGCCUACGUCUGGUGCGUCCAGGGCACCAACAAGGUAGGGCUCGGAUCGUCCCCGCGCGGCCCCCUCGCCGCCGCCCCCCUGCUGACUCCGGCCUCCCCCCAGGUCUAUUUUCGGCAGUUCUGCCGGACCUGCCAGAAGUCCUACAACCCGUACCGUGUGGAGGAUAUCACCUGCCAGAGCUGCAAGCAGACGCGGUGCACCUGCCCCGUGAAGAUGCGCCACGUGGAUCCCAAGAGGCCCCACCGCCAGGACCUCUGUGGCAGAUGCAAAGGGAAACGCCUCUCCUGUGAUAGCACAUUCAGUUUCAAAUACAUCAUCUGAGUGGGAUAGGGUUUUUUUUUUUGGUUUUGUUUAGGGCUCUUCUAGAAAACUGCAAGUAGAGCAGAUUUUUUUUGUUGUUGGUAUUGUUGAAGAUACUUAGUGAGGUGUAGCUAGGAAAGCAUGAAAAUAAAAGUACUGCAAAGCAUACUCAAAUGAUCAGGUGGGUUUGUGCUCAUCAGAGGGUGCAUAUUCCAAAUUCUGUAACUUGCACAGGGGAAGAGCCCACAAGUGUUUUGUAAAUGGGUGAUGGUUUUGGAAGCACCUGGCUCAGGACCUUGUAGCAUUUCAGGCGGAUACGAUUUCUGUUACUGCUUCUACUCUUGAACUAGUCAAACACUUGAAGUUAACAUCAAAUCAACAUCUACAAUAGUUAGUAGACCAUCAUUCAUGAACUAAACACAUAAUAGUAUUCACUUACUGUACCCACCUCUAGUCCAUGUAGAAAGUAUCCUACACCUGUUUUUCAUCACUAGAAAAUGAUUGAGAAAAGCUGUGUAAGAACUAGGUCACUCUUACUGGUACAGCUGGUCUGCAUUUAGCUAAGCUGGUGUUCUUGUCUGUAGACUAAAACCAAAGAAAGCUUU